CUACUGGGAGAAUGAGUGGGAGUUCCUAAGUGGGAACAGAGCAUGUACUGUUUCAUAUUACGGCGAAAAGAAGAGAAAGAGGGGAAGAGUUAAUGUGGCCAAGGGCUCUGGUGGGUCGUGCAGUCGUGCUCCGCUUGUUUUAGCGCGCUGCAGUUUUCAGGGUUUAUGGAUUCACAGACAGAGGACAAUGAACAUCUCUGUAGUGCUGCUGGUCCUGACUAAAGCUCUGCUCACAGGACUAGGCCAUGCCUUGAAUGUGACAGUGAUUCCUGGACCCAUUGUCAUGGCAACCGAGCGGGACAACCUGACACUGUCCUGCCUGGUAUCUCAGAGAAAAAGGAGCAGCAGUGUACUCAUCCUCCGCUGGUUCUUCGCCCCUCUGACUCCUCCCACCCCCUCACCCUCUUUACCUCCUCCGUCUCCAUCCCCUCCGGGCCCAGAACCCUCCCAGUUCCUCAUCGUCAAGAUGGGCAUCAAGAAACUCAAGCUGUAUGGAAACUACACCCGCCGCUUCCCCCAGCCCAAGUUUCGACUUUAUGAGCAAAUUGAGGGAGAGGUGUACCGCUUAAGGAUUCUCAAUGUGAGCGGGACGGACCAGGGCUUCUAUACGUGUAGAGUGCACGAGAUAAGGAAGUACAGGAACGUAUGGAAGGCAUCGUCUAAUGGUUCGGGCACUACACAGCUAACAGUGCAUUUUACUCUGGAGGCUCAUAGCAGUGAAGGAAUUUGGCGUCUGUUAUCAGAUGUCAAUGUGUGCGCUGUGCUGAUCUGCCUGCUGGGAUUGCUCUCCAUCUUCCUCUUCACACUCACUCUCACCGUCCAGUACUUCUACAGGAGACACAGGCUAAAAGCAAGUUACCUACUGGUCAAGUGUCCAGAGAGCAGUUCAGGAGAGACUGUAACCAGCUCUGGUAGUACUUCCAGUUCCUCCCCAAGAACACAAAAGAAAGACACAGGGCAGAAAAGUGAUGUAAAAGUGGCAUUAAAACCUCCAAGAGUGCCUGAGGCGCCACCACCGUCACACACACCAACUAAAGCACGUGUGGCUUCCAAAAGACCCCAAAAGCCCAAAAGGUCAAAAGCUCACAUAAGGUCUACCACAGCUCGAGUACCCCAUGACGACAGUCUAACCUAUGCAGAGCUGGAGCUGGUCCGACCCAGUCUCGAACCACCGGCCUCAGCCAGUCCUGACCCCACCCCCUCCAGCCCAGACACCGUGUACGCUCAGAUCCUCUUCCAGGAGAAACAGCUGUAAACACAGAAGCCCUGCACACAUGGAUGUUCACAGUACCUCCCGGAGAGGAGUACAGCUUGAGUUCCAGAAGGAGGAUGUAUAUUUAUGAACACGCAAUCUUGAUAAUUCAGCAUUUGUUUUAGCCUUAAUAAGGGUUUGCGUGUCUUUGACCUCCUGGUUCUAGUCCAGCUCCAGUCGUAUGUUGUUUUGUUUGUCUGCAUCUCUGGCCUGUGAGCCAGAUGUUCUGAAGAAUGUUCUGUUUUGGUUCUGUGGAUGCUCAGGAGGUUUUGUAGACAGUGCAGCUUUGUACAUUCCUCUAUAGCUACAGAGGGGAAAUUAAUAAUAAAAUUAUGCCCAGGUAAAGUGGAAUCUUUUCACAUUAAACAAGUUUAUAAAUGAUCUUCAUUGAGGCAUUUUUUAUUUCUUGUUUUAGAUUCAUAUAACAUGGCAAAAUCAUAUAUCAUACAGGUGUAAAUUAAGUCAGAUUGUGUAACUAUGAAUAAACUUAAAUAGGCAAUGUGUUAAGAUAGUUCAGUGAUGCAGUCCGUUAGCUUAGCAUAGCCUUUUUGGAAGUAACUCGUCUAAGCAACCAAAACUUCUUUCAUUUUAAAAGUAUGUUAGACACAUCCAGGAAGUUUUAAAGUUCUACUCCUGAAAAACAGUAAUUGCUUUAAAUCAACCCAAUCCACUAGUUGGCAUUAUAAUCAAUUAACUUGCUGCUUGCUAGCUUGGUAUAUGCAAUGGCUAAAGAAAAGUAACAACCAACAGAUUUUUAAAUGUACCAUAUUCCUUACAGUACAAAGACAUUAUCUCAUAAGAAUACUAAGUUACGCUGCUUUAAAGGAAAACUAUUUUCGGUAGUUUGAUAUUUGUAAAAACAGUAUGCAGCAUGUUAGCUUAGCAUAGCAUAGAGCGAUAAAAAAUACUUUCAUUUAUUUUAUGAUUUUAAUGUGGAAAAAUAAAUAAUAGAGGAAGACUAAACUUUAAACCAAACAACUAUCAAUUUGCGGCUAAAGCAAAACAGCCGGGUAGCUUAGCAUAGUUUAAUGUAGCAUCCAGGUUAAAGAAUAUAUAUAUAUAUAAAUAUUAGUACUAUCGUGUGGUGAGGUUCAUGGCUGGUGGCAUUUUUAUUUUACGUUAAUAUAGAUUGCUCAUUAAGAGGAUAAUUUUUUAUUAACUGAAAAACAUCUGUGUGCUUAUAUUUUACCUGUAUAUUCAGUACAGGAAUCCCUCAUUUAUCGCGGCUAAUUGGUUCCUGACCCGACUGCGAUAAGUGAAUUUCCAUCAAGCAGGAUUCUUUCUUCAUAAACUGAAUAUUCCAUAGAUAUGCAUAGAAAACCUGUUUAUGAUCUUUAAGUUAAGUUAAGUUUUAAAUAUUAUUACUGCCCUCUAGACAUGAAACACCUGUAUAGUCACCUUUACAUUCGUAUUACCCAAUAUAGUUAAUAUGCUCAAUCAAUAUAC